AUGUUUACCACUCUCAACCCCAUCCCAGCCACCUUCCUCCGUGGAGGAACAUCGAAAGGCGUAUUCUUGAACAGGGCCUCAUCUUCCAGAAGACCAAUCCCAAUGGGGGCCCCAUCUUCCUGGGGAAGUUAUGGGCUCCCAGACACGGCCAAUGGUCUCCAGAUCAAUGGCAUGGGCGGCGGUAUAUCAAGCCUGUCCAAAAUAUGUGUCGUUGGCCCAGCCUCUGUGGAACAGCAGGCGCAAGGCAUUGAUGCCGAGUACACUUUUGUCCAAGUGGGCAUCCGUGAUACCACCAUCGACCUCUCUGGAAACUGUGGAAACCUUUUCCAAACCACCACUACCAUUCAAGUUCAUAACACGAAUACAAAUAAAACAAUUGAUACUACGUUUCCCCCCAAACUAGACCUACCACAGACCACGAUGGCAGGGGUCCCGGGAAAGGCUUCACAAAUAACUCUCGAAUUUAUCUCUCCAGCAGCCCCUAAUACGCGGGAAUUGAUGGAGUCUAUCAGACAGGCAGGUGCAAUUAAGAUGGGCCUUGAUCCAGACACGCAAGCCCAGCCAAAAAUUGCAGUGCUGUCACCGUCGUGUAACACAGAUCAUGACAUUGAUAUUCAUGCCUUCUCGAUGGGCGUCUUGCAUAAAGCGGUACCCAUGACAGUGGGUCUGUGUCUUGGUGUUGCUGCGAAAGUUGAGGGUACGCUGGCCUGGGAUUUGACCAAGUCAAUGCGUCUCGGGAAGAAUCAACAUCCGAGCGGCAUCGUAGAAGUGGGAGCAGAUUUUGGAGCAGAUGGUGAGGUCUUAAAAGCGAAAGUAGUUAGAACCGGAAGGAGAAUAAUGAAAGGGGUUGUUUGGUGGUAG